AUGAAUCCCGCUGGAAAUACCCAAAAGGCCAGCCGCCGUAUCAUCCUGGGCCUAAUGACGUUCGGCCCAAAACCCGAAUUUGGUGCCCGAAUGACAGACAUGGAGACGUUCAACGAAGCUUUGGACCUGUUCCAGCAGCGAGGAUACAACGAAGUCGAUACAGCCCGCAAGUACGUUGGCCUCGAACAGGAAGCAUUUACACGCGAUGCCAAAUGGAAAGAACGCGGGCUCGUCCUCGCAACGAAAGUGAAUUCUCCGACUAUCAAUGGCGAUAACUCUGCCGACAAGGUCGUGGCGUCAGUUGAGACUAGCUUGAAGGAAUUGGGUACCGACUUUGUAGAUAUCCUAUACCUCCAUCGUCCAGAUCGUGGAACCCCCUUCCAAGAAACCCUUGAAGCGAUAGACAAGCUACACAAGGCAGGCAAAUUUGGACGAUUCGGCGUCAGCAACUUCACUGCAUUUGAACUAGCCGAGGUCGUCAUGAUGUGCAAAUACAACGGCUGGGUACGACCCACCAUCUAUCAAGGCAUUUACAACAUCAUUGUGAGAAACAUUGAGACGGAGGUGUUCAAAGCGUGCCGCAGAUAUGGCCUCGAAAUAGUGGUAUUCAAUCCUGUAGGCGGCGGCCUCUUCUCCGGCAAGAUCAAGCAGGGCGUCAUUCCCGAAGACGGCCGCUUCUCCGACCUCACUAGGUCGGGUAAGAUAUAUCGCAAGCGGUACUAUCGCGAUGCUACUUUUCAGGCAAUACGGAUCAUCGAGAGUGCCAGCGAGAAACAUGGAAUAAGCAUGAUUGAAACAGCGCUGCGGUGGAUGGUACACCACUCUAAGCUCAACGUGGUGGACGGCAGUGACGGCAUCAUCAUUGGUGUUGCCAGUGUGGAACAGCUCAAGACGAAUCUUGAUUGUCUUGAAAAGGGGCCGCUUCCAGAGGAUGUUGUUGAGGCGGCUGAGCAGGCGUGGCAGAUUUCGAAGGGAGAUUCUGCAAACUACUGGAUUGGGGAUGUUGAGUAUACGUAUGACACUAUUGAUGCUCUUUUUGGGUCGGGUGCCAAGUAA